UCACACUACGGCAUGGCGUCAAUUUGAAAACAACGGAACUUGAAAAAAAACUCCGCGUCCUUUGCAGCGUGCUCCGUAUUCAAUACAUAUUUAUUGCAUAUAAUAUCUAUUUUUUGGAAGAAAUUCGUGUUAAAUCAAGGCAUCCAGUGAGCAGGCAGUCCCUGCGAGUGAAAACCAAAUCCACAGAUAAACGGAGCAAACCGAAAAUGGCGCUCUCCGCUUUGGCGUCCUUUGAUGAUCUGCGACGCUGCAUGCAAGUGCUGACCGAUGGAACUGCCGAGGAGGAGUUCCUGCGGUUUCUGCGAUUGUUCGAGCAGUACCAUGAAAAGUGUUCUGGCUAUGCGGCCGAGACAGCCAGGAUUCAAAACGAACUGGACAAGUCACUAACCAAGAUGGGCGAUUUGGAGGGUAAACUCUUCCAUGCCCGUCGCAUCAUCGACAUGGAGAUUAAGGCUCGUCGCCAGGCGGAGCACGAACGUGACGCCAUGGAGAGCAAGAUCAUGGCUGUGGCAGAUCUUCUGCGUCACGAACGUAAUCUAAACAACGAGACCCGCGAUAAGCUGGCCUUUCUGCACACACUGCCCUCCUCGAGAAAACGUAAAUCACUGAAUGCCGUGCGCGAGGACAAGUCUUAUGGCGACAUCAACUCCACUGGCUCGCUGCUGUCAGAUCUUUCCAUCACACACUCAGAGGACGACUUCCUCGAUGUGCGCACAUCAAAAUCCUGGCGGGAGCACCGACCUUCGCUUCCAAAGAACCCAAUUCCUUGUGUCGGAAACAAGAGAUCGCGCCUGAGUACGGGUCUCAAUGGCAGUAUGUCCGGGAAUACCCCAACCACAACUAAGUCAAGACGCUCUGGCGUCGGAAUCGGAGUUGAGCAGCAUACAGUAGACGUGGGUCAGGGCGUUGAGCGCUUUUGUGCUACCACCAAGGUCACAAUACCUCAGGAUGGACAGGGCGUUAUUCGAGCAGAGUCAACCAUUGAGUCUUUACCGGUGAUUGGCGGCAAUGAUAGGAUCGGUGACGGUUUGUCCUCGACACCGCGACGAUCGGUCCUAAAGGAGGCCACAGCACCGCCCCUAACGCCGGUGAAUGCGAUGGCACCGCACGUGACUGCUGAAUGCGGAACUCCUCUUCAGCAUCGUCCGCUGAUGAGGAACCACACAUUCGCCCAGAAAACGUUCCUGCGCGGCGACAACUGCGUUCAGUGCCAAAAACGCAUUCGGUUUGGUGCCGUUGGCCUGAGGUGUAGAGAUUGUCCGGUGCGCUGUCACAUCGAUUGUCGGUAUUUGCUUACCGUUAGCUGUGUUCCACAGACAGGAACGCCUACUACAAAGACCAUGACUGGCUACGUCACCGACUUUGCCCCGUCCAUUGCACCCAUGAUUCCAGCCCUGAUUGUGCACUGUGUUAAUGAGAUUGAAGCUCGUGGUCUGACCGAGGUUGGACUUUAUCGGUUAUCCUCUUCAGAGCGGGAAUAUAAGGCCCUUAAGGAGCAGUUCCUGCGAGGCAAGGCCACUCCGCAUCUGGGCAACACAGACAUUUAUGUGCUGUGCUGUUGUGUAAAGGAUUUCUUGAGAUCUCUCACCGAGCCUCUUAUUCCGACAAGCCAGUGGAAGGAUUUCGCCAAUGCUGUGCAGAAUCCCGACACCAACAUUGCCCAGGAUAUGUUGUACAAGUCGGUGAAACAGUUACCACAAGCUAAUAGGGAUACGCUGGCCUUCCUCGUACUACACUUCCAGCGCAUUGCCCAGUGCCCAGUUGUGCUAAUGCCUAUUGACAACAUAUCGCUCAUCUUUGGCCCCACAAUUGUGGGUUACUCCACACCGGAUCCCGACCAGCACGCGAUCUAUACUGAGGUGUUUACCCAGAAGCAGGUGAUGAAAGCGCUACUUGAGCUGCCCGUGUCGUUCUGGGAGCAAUACAUUGUUAUAGAUCCGACAAGAACGCCGGCAACUGUGAUUAAACGGGUACCCAGUAGCAAACAUGACUUGUUGUCGCUUUACGCCACUCCCUUCAAAGGCGGCACCAUUAAAAAACGAAAGUUUUAUGGCACACCGCCGGCAUCUGCCCACAAGAAGUAAUUAGCCUUUCCUUGUUGGAAAGCAUUUGACCUGUUACUUAAGUUUACUUCAAGUAUUUGCAGUUUUUUGUUUCCGGCCAGCCGCCCCCGGGCUGUAUUUAUAUUUGUACCCAACUAACCCUUUGAGUUUUUCUUUAUAAUUAAUACGUUCGAUUAUAAACUAAAGCACUUUAUUCGUACUAACCUAAGUAUACUCACUUUGAGACAUAAAGUAAAAUAUGCAUUUGAAAAGCAAUGAGAACAAUAAAUCAAUAGAAGAAUAAAUGAAAAUAUAUAGGUUUAUAUUAACCAAAA